AUGCUAGCAGUAUCACGGCGGUUACCUCUUCUCACAUCAGCAGCAGGAAAGGACGCGCUGUUGAGGCUUCUCACUCAGUCUAGCAAUCUGCAAAGCGUGCGCCUACCUAUAAGAACCUUUGCAUCAGCCCGAACAUAUCUCCAACCUACAAGACAACAAUCCGGUCAUCUAGGAAGCUCACAUUCAUGGCGCUCAUCCAGCGUCCGACGCCUUCGUAGCAUUCGCAACAACAGCACCAAAUCCACAGAGACAACACAGCAAAGCACCACCCAAACAUCACCUCCCAAAAAGGAGAGCAAGCUUAAGGAGCUGUUCCGAAGAUAUGGAUGGGCUGCGACAGGCGUCUAUCUGUCCCUGUCAGCGCUGGACUUCCCAUUCUGUUUCUUGGCCGUGCGAUGGCUAGGCACGGAGCGUAUAGCGGCGGCGGAGGAAUGGGUGGUCGAUAGCUUCUGGACGGGUAUGGAGAAGGUCGCACCUGGGUCGCGGGAGAGCUAUGGGAGGUGGCGAGCCGGUCUGAGUGAGCAGUGGGCACAAUUCAGAGGGUUGGAUAAGGUGAAGGUGCCUGCGGAAGGACCAGUGGAGAAUGCGGCGGAAGUCGCGCAGGAUGUGGCGCAUCAUCAUGGAGCCAGUAUUUGGACACAACUGGUCCUGGCCUAUGCUCUGCACAAAUCACUCCUGGUCUUUCGCGUACCGCUCACAAUCAGCAUCACACCUGGCAUCGUCAAGUACCUGAGAAAGCGAGGCUGGGUUAUUGGCAAACCAAAGACUCCACCGAGCCCCCCUCCAGCGAACCCGCCAGCUUGA